UCACUUUAUAAUUUUGAUUUUCGCAGUGCCGGCGCGCUUCGGCAGUUUUUUAGAUUAUGAAAUAUUAAUUCCUUCUUAUUAUUGAAAUUUAUCAAAUAUUGAUAGAAUUAAUAGGAGUUAAUUUCCACAAAUAAGUAAUCGGAGUUAAUUUCCACAAAUAAGUAAUCGGAGUGUUAUAAUUUUAGAGAUGUCUCGCCUGGACCUGGUGAUAUUCGGUGCGACGGGGUUCACGGGUAAACAUGCCGUGAUGGAGAUGAGUCGACAGUUGAAGCAGUAUCCGCUUUCGUUGGGUGUCGCUGGACGCUCCCAGAGCAAGCUGGAAGAUGUGCUUAAGGAAGCGUCUCAGAAAACUGGUAAUGACCUAUCGGGAGUGAAAAUAAUAGUGGCUGAUGUAGGCGAUGAGAAGUCACUUAAAGACAUGUGCAGUCAGGCCAAGGUGUUGGUGAACUGCUGCGGGCCCUACCGGCAUUAUGGCGAGCCGGUUGUCAAGGCAGCUGUCGAAUGCAAGUCACACUAUGUGGAUGUGUCAGGGGAACCACAGUUUAUAGAAACAAUGCAGUUAAAAUACGGUGAAGCGGCUCGUGAGGCGGGUGUGUACGUGAUCAGUGCUUGUGGUUUUGACAGCAUUCCCACUGAUCUUGGGGUUGUCUUCUUGGAGAAAAAAUUUGAAGGCACAGUGAAUUCCGUGGAGUCGUAUCUGAGUUCGGAGGCGAAGGGUUCUGUAACCAGCGGUGUAAUUAACUAUGGUACCUGGGAGUCGUUAGUUUACGGAAUAACACAUUUAGACGAAUUGCCGAAUCUGAGAAAGAAGAUCUAUCCUGAAAAGUUGCCAGAGUUUAAACCGAAGCUCAAGUCUCGAUCAGUCAUCCAUCAGCGCCUAUCUGGAUGGUGCCUUCCCUUCCCGGGAUCUGACGCAUCCAUAGUGUACAGGACGCAGCGUACUUUAUUGGAACGUGACGGAAAACGGCCCGUUCAAAUUAAGACAUACGUGAAAUUUACCAGCUUCUUAACUACGCUUGCUGUUGCAUUCUCUUCUGUGAUGCUGUUUAUAUUAACCAGAUUAAGUUUCACCCGGGACCUUCUCCUUAAACACCCUCGUUUGUUUACAAUGGGCGCGGUCACCCGAGAGGGCCCCAGUGAGGAGGUGAUGAACAGUACUGUCUUCUCGUUUCUACUGCUGGGUGAAGGAUGGAGUCAGGGGUCUGAUCUCACCUCACCGCCCAAUAAGAAACUUGCAGUUAAGGUGUCCGGUGUGAAUCCCGGAUAUGGUGCGACAGUUGUAGCUCUCUUGUUCUCGGCGCUCACAAUACUUAACGAGAAGGAUAAAAUGCCAAAAGAGGGUGGAGUUCUAACCACCGGUGUUGCGUUCAGAGAUACGAGCAUCAUCCAACAGCUACACGAAAAUAAUCUUAAGUUUGAAAUUGUUAAUGAUGAAUUUAAAUAAAUUAACAUUGUUUUUAUCAUGAUUAUAUCCAGUAAAGUUGUAUCGGAAAUUAAAAAAAGUUAAUAAGCAAAGUGUUGUUUUUAACAUUUUUUUUAUUCGUGUUAAUUGUUUUUUUGUACUUUAUUAAAUAAGAAUGAAGAGUGAGAAAAAUAUAUAUAUGGGCAGUGGUAAUUCUAUAAUUGAAAUGUCUUAUUUUUGAAAAAGGAACAUGGUCUAAUUAAAAACAUAGAUAAUGUAAAACUCUAGGAGAUUAAGAAAUGUACAGAGCAUUUAUGAAUUAAAAUCAGUAUGAUUCUAGUUCAGGACUAAUAUAUUAUUGAUAUAUGGAAUUCAAGGAGUGUUAAGUGAAUUCUUCCUUUCGACACUUAAAUUUUUUAUAAUUUUUAAGAGAGGGUUGGCGUGGUCUUAGUCGUUUUUUUUCUUUAAUUUGUAUUGUAAACACGCGCUUCAACUUCGCCAGUUUGAGACAAGUCUCGUAAACAUUAUUUUAUUACUUUACGAGUAUAAAGCAAUUUUCUUUACUAACUGUUCAUGGUGCUAAUAUCGCAUUUAUUACCUAUUAAUAUGUUAUCGUAAUGCUUACUAACUGCGUAAAUUGGUGUAUAUUUGUGUAAUUAAAUUUAUGAAUAUA